GUGGUUUGCACUGAUGUAGUUGCUGAUCGUAGCGUGUAUUUGGAGACUAAUUCUCGCCCUGACCUUGUUGACAUCACUCGAUGUGUCUCACCUGCAUACAUGAACGAAAAUUGUAGACUCUUCAAACAUCAAACUGCGACACAACAAGCUGAGUACUGCUUGGAUCACAAUGUGUAACAGAGUACUCCCUCUGUGACAUGCACACAUCCUACAGCCUGUAUUCAGUGCUACCACCACCGCCUCCCUCCUUGUCUCUGUAACCUCCUCAGGCCCCUGACACGUACCUUGUCCCUCCUCCUGUCACCCCAUUUGUGGCUAUUCCUUUAGCCUCUUCAACCCCACACAUCAGUCCACGUAACAGGAAUGCAGUUUGCCAACAUCAGAAUUCCUCAUUGUUUAUUCACGAUUGGAAUAUGAUGCGUAUCACACAGAUCUUGAGAGGUUGAACCUGGAACCCUGUGAUUCCCUGAUUCUGCCAAAGAUUGACCUGGUGCAGCAGUUGUUUCUGACCUGAACAAUGACAGACGGGAUCAUGGGAAAAGCUGCCACGAUGGAAAUUGCCAUAAACAGCAAUGGUGACACAGCCGGUUUACCAGAAGAUGAUGGUUUGGAGCAGGACCUUCAGCAGGUGAUGGUGUCAGGCCCAAAUCUGAAUGAGACCAGUAUUGUUUCUGGGGGUUAUGGGGGAACAGCUGAAGCAAUAAUUGCAACAGGUACAAUCAAAGGAUGCAGUAACCUUCACCAGUCGCAGAGUAGUCCUGUGACCGGCAAUGAGGAGCCUUCCCGGGGGAUCGCGGGUGAGAAAUUUGACAUUGUGAAAAAGUGGGGAAUCAACACCUACAAGUGCACAAAACAGUUGAUCUCGGAGAGGUUUGGUCGGGGCUCCCGGACAGUGGACCUGGAACUUGAAGCACAGAUUGAACUCCUGCGCGACACAAAGAGGAAGUAUGAAAAUGUGCUGCGGCUUGCCCGUGCGCUCACAAACCAUUUCUACAACUUAGUGCAGACACAGCGUGCCCUGGGAGAGUCUUUCUCCGAUCUCAGUCAGAAAUCUCCCGAACUCCAGGAGGAGUUUGGACAUAACGCUGAUACUCAGAAGCUGCUGUGUAAGAACGGGGAGACGUUGCUUGGAGCCAUCAAUUUCUUUGUAUCCAGCAUCAACACUCUGGUCAACAAGACGAUGGAGGACACACUGCUCACUGUCAAACUGUUUGAGAAUGCCAGAUUGGAAUAUGAUGCAUAUCGCACAGACCUUGAGGAGUUGAACCUGGGGCCCCGUGAUUCCUUGACUCUGCCGAAGAUUGACCUGGCACAACAGCUGUUUCUGGUGCAUAAGGAGAAAUACGAGAGAUUACGCAGUGAUGUCACCAUCAAGCUGAAAUUCCUGGAGGAGAAUAAGGUGAAGGUGAUGCACAAACAGUUAUUGCUCCUCCACAAUGCCAUUGCAGCAUAUUUCGCUGGGAACCAGCAGCAAUUGGAGCAAACCCUCAAACAGUUCAACGUGAAGACAAAGGUACCGAGCUAUGAAAAGCCAUCGUGGUUGGAGGAACAGUGACAACAAAUUGGUUUGGAACGGGACCUGAGAGAGGCACAGCCAGGCAUUGAGGAAGCUGCAUUAAACACAAAAAACCCAAAAAUUACCAUUUGAAUCCGUGUGUUUGAAACAAACUCUCAGACAUGUUAGAAUUUUAGGGGAAAUUUCCUGGUUGCUUAAACUCAAAUCAUUUCCAAAUUUCUUAGCUUUGUAAUCUUACACUAAAGCAAACACUAAGGUACGAUGGGAUUGUGUCAGAGCUGUGUGUACACUCCUAGUUUGUAAAUAUUCAGUCUAAGGAUCACAGAGGCUUUACAGAUACGUGGGGGUCUGGGGUGGGUGAUGAUACUUGGGUGUGUGUGUGUGGGAGGGUCACCCUCCCAAAACUCCCCACCCCCACCCUGGUUCCCCAAAGUAUUUGGGCCGUGGUCCUGGGGGUGCUCUGGUUCAUGGGAAACGAGUUGUUUAAAGGGGACCUUGAUUUAUUUAAUUGCAUCAUUCAGAAGGUGGUGGGGAUGGUGUGGGGGAGAAUGAAAACCUUCUGGACACAUGUUAUUGCUGGUUGGUGGAUGGAUUGAUGAGGCCACAUUUGGGCUUCUCCACCAAGACCAGCUUGCUAGCCCUGUCUCUGUCUCACCACCAGUGGGAGGCAGCAUCUGUUUAUAGAUACAGAUCGUCCCGUGGGAGGGGAAUUUCCCAAACCCAGGGUAUUUACUGAAGCUGUGUGGAGGAGAGAGGGUUUGGCUGUUAGAUGGAAUCUGUUUGAAAGUCCAUAAGUGUUGCCACUUUGAAGGGAAUCCCCAAGCAUUGGAAAUGUUUGCAGAGUGAAAAUUCUGUGGUGUAUUAAAAAAAACUUUAACUCUGCAUUUUCUGUACUGUACUGUUAGUGGUGUUUAAAUUUAUCAGUAUCAAAAAUACCAAAAUAAGAUGAACAGCAAAAAUCAGGAACGCUGGGGAAUUCUGGGGAGUAAAGAGCUGCCAGGAUUGGGAGUGAGCAGGAGAGAAGGGGAAUAAAAUGGGGCAGCAACAUUCCCGAGACCCAUCGCUCCCUGAUAUCUCUCUUGCCUCUCACCUUGCGGCCUGCUUGACUCUCAGCCUGCUGUUUCUAUACCCUUCUGGUUUAUAAUCUCGAAGUAUAAAACUGAUGAUUUUAUAGAAUAAAUUUCCUCCCAUCUCCAUUUUUGAGUCAUUAAAGUGUGCGGUUUUGCUGAA